AUUGAGGUGCUCUUCUUUGAUUCUAUAUCACCGCAUCCACCACAUGCCCCUAUUAUUAAUUUUUUUAUCAACAACCACAUGCCCCUAUUAUUAUUAUUGAAGAAUUCCAGUUUUAUCCUUACAACUCUCAUUUCAUUUCACAACCUUCGCCACCACCGCGCAUCCCAACGUUCUCCUCGCUCAACCCCAACAGAUAUGGACACUUCCUCAGGUCAAGGAAUUAUUUACCCGUUGCACCGUUGUAAAAAACUUCACCUGGUUAGACAUGCCCAAGGGUUUCACAAUGUUGAAGGAGACAAGAACCCUGACUCGUACGUAUCUUACGAUCUUUUUGAUGCAAGUCUGACCCCUCUUGGCUGGAAGCAGGUUGAUAAUCUGAGAGAGCAUGUUAAGGCAAGCGGUCUUUCCAAAAGAGUUCAACUAGUUGUUGUUUCCCCCUUGUCAAGGACCAUGCAAACAGCUGUUGGAGUCUUUGGUGGUGAUGCACACGCUGAUGGAAUUGAUGCCCCUCCUCUGAUGAAUGACAAUGUGGGGAAUAGCAAUCGUCAUGCAAUUUCAAGUCUGAAUUCGCCACCAUUUAUAGCAGUAGAGCUUUGCCGAGAGCAUUUGGGGGUGCAUCCUUGUGAUAAGAGAAGAAGCAUCACUGAGUACCAAAAUAUGUUUCCAGCAAUUGAUUUUUCACUGAUAGAGCAUGAUGAGGACAUUUUGUGGAAACCUGAUAUUAGAGAGGAGAAUGAAGAAGUUGCUGCCAGGGGACUGAAAUUUUUAGAUUGGUUGUGGACACGUAAAGAAAAGGAGAUUGCUGUUGUUAGCCACAGUGGUUUUCUAUUUCAUACUCUAAGUUCUUUUGGAAACGAUUGUCAUCCAAAUGUGAAGAAUGAAAUCUGCACACACUUAGCGAAUGGUGAACUGCGUUCGGUGGUUAUCAUUGAUAGGGGGAUGAUUGGAUCAGAUGAGUCUUCGACCAACUAUCCUGGCAAAAUUCCAGAUGGCCUUGACCUUCCUAGUGAUGUUGCGGAUGAGAAACUUUCUGAGAAUGGGCCAACAAAUUAACAUGAUGGGAUUUUCUCCAGUUAUAUAGUUUCAGUAAAGCAAGCUAUAGAUGCUAAGUUUUCAAGAUGAUGAUGACGACGAUUGCUCCAAUUUAUUAAUGGUCAUGGAUUUUUACUUGUAAACAUUAGAGAUGUUCUUUUACUUUCCUAGUUACCUUCCCUCCUUCUCGUGAUACAUUUCAACGUCUGACCUCUUCUUUCACAGUAGAAAGAAAGGAAGGAUCAAAGUCAGCCACAGUAAAAGUGGUUUUAAAAUUGUUAAUUGGAAAUAAUCUGAAUAUUCUUAUUUGAGUGUGAAUCACUGUUUGAAAUUUUAAUGACAUGUAAAUAUAGGCUGCUCAUUGAGCAUAUUGGUUAUCUGGUGGUUGACGUUGUACAUUUGAAGGUUGAUUUUGAGCAUGUGGUGUCGAGGCUGAUAAAUUGGUGGUCGAGGUUGUGCACUGGAUUCCAAUAUUAGAUGUGGAUAUGAUGUUGUUUGAUA